CAGACAAGGAAAUGUCAAAAUAGUGACCUUCGAACGAUAAAGCUCAAAAUAUUUGGAAAUGAGAAUAUUGAAGAUUAUAAGAUUUACUGUUAGAUAGGACCUCUAAUAAAACUACUUUUCCAGCAUACAGUAAAAAAGAUGGCUCAUCCAAACCACGUUACACUUGAUAUAGAAGACGAAGAACCUGCGGAGAUGGCGCCUCGUCAUAACUAUAGAGGGCCAGGAGAACCAAGUCCUAGACAAGCGCCUCAGUUUAGAGAAAGACCCAUGGGCCUAGGAGAUCAGUUACAAAGUGUAAUUAGGGAAAUCAGACCAAUUGUGGAACAAGCACGAAUACAAACCAGAACCAGUCGACUGUCACUGCCUAUUUGGAUGCCAAGGGCCAUACCAGCACCACCUUACACGGUAGACCCAACUCCAAGACCACUUAGCUCAGUAGCACAUGUAAACUUGGGAGCAAAUGCACAAACAUAUGCAGUAAAUGACCGAGGUGGUCCUGUAACACAUCGCCCCCAGCAUGAUAUUAUAAUAAGUAAUAGUGAAUCCAGCUUGUCUGAGCCAGACCAAGAGCAAGAGAUUGUGUCGGUCAACCCAGCCAACAAUAACAAUAUUCAUGAAAAUGCUGACAAUGAGAGUCAAAGUGAUGAUGGCUCACAGGUGGUAGAUGUGCGUGCGACGCUGAACAUCCUCAUCCGUUACGCCCCCUUCUACUUUAUACUGAUCAUUAAGUUCUUGUACGACUGUCGGGAAGGCAUCUUCACGUUCUUGAUACUUUUCGUCACGUUCACACAUUGCAAUAGCAUUAUUAGAAGGGAGAACGUGAAACAGAUGCACCGCAGCCUGUCCUCGUGUCUGCUCGAGAUGUUCACCACCCUCGGUAUCGUCGCCAUCGUCCAUUACCUGUUCGGCCACGGGAAACUACUCUACAACGUGGUCAUGUUCCCAGCGUACUCCAACCUGAACAUAUGGGAGCUGCUGUGGCUAAUCAUACUAACUGACCUGAUUGUUAAGAUCAUUACCGUCAACAUUAAGAUGGUAGUCACCAUUUUGCCUUCAAGUAUAUUGCCGUACCAGAAAAGGGGUAGAGUAUUCCUGUUCAUGGAGUCAGUGUCGCAGCUGUACCGCUCUCUGCUGACGAUCCAGCCGUGGAUAUUCUACUUGAUGCAGUCCUACGAUGACUCUGAGAAGCUGAUGGGCAUGUUCCUCACCUCCAUCUAUGUGAUCUGCAAGAUCAUCGAGGUGACGAUAAGGCUGCGGGUGUUCAAGAAUGCAGCCUGGUCGAUGGUGCAGAAUGUGGACCUCGGUACAAAACCGUCCCGCGAGCAGCUGAGCGCGGCGGGCGAGGCGUGCCCCAUCUGCCACGACGAGUACACGACGCCGGUGCGGUUAGACUGCAGCCAUAUCUUCUGCGAGCUCUGCAUCUCCGCCUGGCUCGACCGGGAGCACACGUGCCCUCUCUGCCGCGCCAAGGUCUCCGACGAGCCCACCUGGCGCGACGGAUCCACCACAUUCGACUUUCAACUCUAUUAAAUAGGUAUUAUGAAUUAUACCUACAAUCUGAAUGUUACCUGUACCUGUAUAUUGCAAGUUCCGUUGUCGUCUUUGUAUCUGAUGACUGUUUUCUCGUACGCAGCUAGUGUUUGGAUGACGUCACUGACUCGUUAGAGCUUGCGUUUUAUUGAGUAUUUUGUUACGUGUUAACGCGUUACAUGUAUAGCCGAAUUUGAGAUAUUUACGAUUAUGUAUGUAAAUUAUGUUACUUACAUUACCAGAAUAAUAUACCUUAUGUGUAUUUGGCUGUAUGUCGAAUUCAGUAACAAAACUUGGAUGGUAUCACAAUCUUUGAUUUAAUUCGUUAUCUAUUUUUGCGAUAAAUGGAACGUAAACUAUGAUGUUUUGUAGGAAAGACUCGUGGAAUGAGGGUAACGUGUGCUGUGACAGUAGUCGUAAGGGUACCGCGUAACUUAAGAGUAAUGUCGAUAUUAA